AUGAGCUCGUGGCAUAGUGUGGCAUGCAUCGCCUCCACUCUCGAGGCUCCGCCGUUCUGUGCCGCCAUUGUGGAUUUCCCUCUGCGUGGUCGCCGUGUGUAUCCCCGGCUCGCACGUCUUGCCGCUCGUAUCCGCAAUCGACCUCGCGAUCCGGUUCGGCCGAACGCAAACAUGAACGCGCCGGGGUACGUUCGUCGACCACGCCGCCACCCGCCGCUAGCGCGUAGAUCUCCCCCCCCCCCUGAUACCACUUUCUUGCCGUGUGCUUUUGCGCGUGACGUGUCUGGACGUGUCGGCCUCCUUUGGCCAUCGCUCAACACGGUCGGGCGGCACCAUCUGCACCAGUCGCGUCCGCCGCGUCCGCCGCCGCCGCGCGCGUCCGUGCCGUGUUUCUGUCCGUGGCGUGUGCAUGCAUGUAUGCACGUGCGCGUGCAGCUGCCCCCGCUCCCGCCGCCGAGGAUAGAUGCGCAGCGUCUGUGCGCUGCUGCCGCCGCGUCCGUGUGCUGCCGCCGCGUCCAUGCGCUGCCGUCGGCGUCAGGCCUGCGGGCGGGCUCGCGCGCAGUCGAGGGGCUCGCGCGCUUGCUUGUUUGCGAGCGGGGUGGACGGACGGACGGGCGCGCUCGCGCGCUCGGGAGUCGGCACGAUAGCUGUCCGGGUGCGCGCGCGCGCGUGGAGUUGAUGGGCGUGCAGCAGGACGUCGCAGGCCGUCGCAGCAGCGUCUGCGGCUCGACGCGCGACGCGGGGCGACGGGGGGCUAACAAACUGGAAGACGGCGGAGCAAGCCAGGGGAGCGGGCCUGGGCGCUCGGUGCGGCCUGUCGACGCGUGA